AUGGGUAGAGGACAACAAAGCCAACCUGCUGCUUCAUCGUCUUCAACGGUUCCUAAGUUGAUGGCUGAGUGCUAUGAUGUUGAUUCAUCGGAGCUGGUGUUUCCUGGUAGGGGAAGGAUUUCAGUCAAUGCUGAUUCAGUGUGUCGUGCUUUUGGUCUUCCAAACAAUGGUGAUGAAGUUAAGUAUGAGCUUGAUGUUGGUGCUAUCAACUUCAUCAAUGCUAUUAGCCCAAGGUGCUAUCUAGCCAUUGUGGAUCUUUCUUGCGUCAAGAAGUUGAAUUGGUGCCGGUUUGUUGUUGACCAGCUUAAAGACGUAGCAACCAAAAUGGGCAAAAGAAGAUCUUUUAAGGGUUGUCUUCUUGUCCUUGUGAUUCUAUAUGUAGACUCGCUUCUGGUUGACAAUGUAAAAAUCCCUUCCACCAUGCUUAGAGUUGCAGCAUGGUCAAGGAAAUUGUUGGAUCAGGUCAUCAAGUUAGACACCAACCGUGAUGACUCAUUUGGGAAGCUCAAGUUGAAAGGAUCAAGCUAUUCUACUCCAUAG